AUGCGCCCGCCAGUCGACCCGCAAAUCACCAAGUUCGCGCAGAAGAAGAAGGACUGGCUUAGACAACAGCGUCAGAGGUUCGGCGAAAAGCGCAAGGCUGGCUUUGUGGAGACGCAGAAGGCGGAUCUCCCCCCAGAACAUCUGCGCAAGGUCUUCAGGGAUAUUGGCGAUGUAUCUCAGAAGAAGUUCACUUCGGACAAGCGAAGCUAUCUCGGUGCGCUAAAGUUCAUGCCACAUGCUGUUCUGAAGCUCCUCGAGAAUAUGCCUAUGCCCUGGGAAAGUAGACGUGAUGUAAAAGUCCUCUACCACACCAAUGGGUGCUUGACGCUAGUGAAUGAAGUCCCUCGUGUGAUUGAGCCCGUGUUCCACGCGCAAUGGGCUGCCAUGUGGCUGGCUAUGAGGAAGGAGAAGAGCGAUCGCCGACAUUUCAAGCGAAUGCGUUUCCCACCAUUUGAUGAUGAAGAGCCUCCUCUGUCUUACUCAGAGAACAUUGAGGAUGUGGAGCCUUUGGAGCCCAUCCAGUUGGAACUCGAUGAGGACGAGGAUAGCCCUGUGUAUCAAUGGUUUUAUGACCACCGCCCACUUCUCGACACUCCACAUGUGAAUGGUCCUAGUUACGAGACUUGGAAUUUGGAUCUCCCACAGAUGGCGACACUAUAUCGCUUAAGCAAACAGCUUCUCAGCGACAUCGUUGACAAGAACUACUUCCACAUGUUUGAUCUAGACAGUUUCCAGACUGCAAAAGCCCUCAAUGUUGCGAUACCCGGAGGUCCUCGCUUUGAGCCCCUAUAUAAGGACAUUGACCCGAACGACGAAGAUUUUGGCGAGUUCAACGCAAUCGACCGCAUCAUCUUCCGAUCCCCCAUCCGAACCGAAUAUCGCGUAUCAUACCCAUAUCUUUACAACUCGCUACCUCGAAGUGUCAAGCUGGCUUGGUACUCGUAUCCGCAGGUUGUCUACGUCCGCGCAGAGGAUCCGGAUCUGCCAGCCUUCUAUUUCGAUCCUGGAAUCAACCCAAUUUCUUCCAGAGCUGUUGCUCCGAAGAACUUGGCCGUAAGCCACGAGGACAUGGUUUUCGGGGAUGCCGAUGAGGAUGACGAGGACGAUUUCCAGAUGCCCGAGGACGUGGAGCCAUUCAUGGCUGAUGAGGAUCUUUCUACACCAGAUACUGCUUCCGCCAUUGCGCUUUGGUGGGCGCCUCAUCCGUUUGACAAGCGAUCAGGUCGCAUGGUCAGGGCGCAGGAUGUUCCCUUGGUCAAGCAAUGGUACCUGGAACACGUACCUGCGGGCCAGCCAGUCAAAGUCAGGGUCUCUUACCAGAAGUUGCUGAAGACAUAUGUUCUCAACGAACUACACAAGAAACCACCUCAAGCACAAAAUAAGCAAAACCUUAUGAGGACAUUGAAGAGCACCAAGUUCUUUCAGCAGACCAAGAUUGACUGGGUCGAGGCCGGUCUGCAGGUGUGUCGACAGGGUUACAAUAUGUUGAAUCUGCUCAUUCACCGCAAGAACUUGACAUAUCUGCAUCUUGACUACAACUUCAAUUUGAAGCCAGUCAAAACUCUCACCACCAAGGAGAGAAAGAAGUCACGUUUCGGAAAUGCUUUUCAUCUAAUGCGUGAAAUCUUGAGAUUGACGAAGCUCAUCGUUGAUGCUCAAGUGCAGUAUCGUCUAGGCAACAUUGAUGCCUUUCAGCUUGCCGAUGGUAUCCUAUAUGCUUUCAACCACGUCGGUCAACUGACUGGUAUGUACCGUUACAAGUACAAGCUGAUGCACCAAAUCCGAUCCUGCAAGGAUCUGAAGCAUUUGAUUUACUACCGAUUUAACUCUGGCCCUGUGGGCAAAGGUCCUGGAUGCGGUUUCUGGGCUCCCGCCUGGAGAGUCUGGUUGUUCUUUAUGCGAGGUAUCAUCCCUCUGCUCGAGCGUUGGCUAGGCAACUUGCUUUCACGUCAGUUUGAGGGCAGACACAGCAAGGGUGUCGCAAAGACUGUCACCAAGCAGCGAGUAGAAUCGCACUUUGAUCUCGAGCUCCGUGCAGCCGUCAUGAGCGAUCUCAUGGACAUGAUGCCUGAGGGAAUCAAGCAGAAUAAGGUCAACACUGUCUUGCAACAUCUUUCGGAAGCAUGGCGCUGCUGGAAGAGCAACAUUCCUUGGAAGGUGCCUGGUUUGCCAGCGCCUAUCGAAAACAUCAUAUUGCGCUACGUCAAGAGCAAGGCCGAUUGGUGGAUCUCAGUCGCCCAUUACAAUCGCGAGCGCAUUCGACGGGGUGCCACUGUUGAUAAGACUGUUGCUAAAAAGAACCUGGGACGAUUGACUCGUUUGUGGCUCAAGGCCGAACAGGAGCGCCAGCACAACUACAUGAAGGACGGUCCUUACGUUUCGUCCGAGGAGGCUGUUGCCAUUUACACGACCAUGGUACAUUGGCUCGAAGCCAGAAAGUUCCAACCGAUUCCUUUCCCAAGUGUCUCAUACAAACACGACACCAAGAUUUUGAUUCUAGCGUUGGAGCGUUUGAGGGAAGCUUACUCUGUCAAGGGUCGUCUCAAUCAGAGUCAGCGUGAAGAAUUGGCACUCAUCGAGCAGGCAUAUGACUCUCCUGGAACAACACUAGCUAGGAUUAAGCGCUUCCUGCUUACACAACGUGCGUUCAAGGAAGUCGGCAUUGAUAUGAACGACAACUACAGCAGUAUCAACCCUGUAUACGAUAUUGAGCCAAUGGAGAAAAUCACGGACGCAUAUCUUGAUCAAUACUUGUGGUACCAAGCCGAUCAGCGACACCUAUUCCCUGCUUGGAUCAAGCCUUCAGACUCUGAAGUUCCCCCUCUCUUGACAUACAAAUGGGCACAGGGUAUCAACAAUCUUGAUCAAGUCUGGGAGACCAAAGAUGGCGAAUGCAACGUCAUGAUCGAAACUCAGCUAUCAAAGGUCUACGAGAAGAUUGAUUUGACAAUGCUGAACCGACUGUUGCGUCUCAUCAUGGACCACAACCUGGCAGACUACAUCACAGCCAAGAACAACGUACAACUCAACUACAAAGACAUGAACCACGUCAACGCUUAUGGUAUGAUUCGCGGCCUGCAGUUCUCUGGAUUCGUGUUUCAGUACUAUGGUCUCGUCUUAGAUAUUCUACUGCUGGGCUUGCAGCGUGCAAAUGAAAUCGCUGGCGCUCCUGAGAGUCCCAACGAUUUCUUGCAGUUCAAGGACAAGGAGACUGAGGUCCGCCACCCAAUUCGCCUCUACACAAGGUACAUUGACCGCAUCUGGGUCUUCUUCAGGUUCACCGCCGAAGAGUCACGAGACUUGAUUCAGCGAUUCCUAACUGAGAACCCCGAUCCCAACUUUGAGAAUGUCAUCGGCUAUAAGAACAAGAAGUGCUGGCCGCGUGAUUCCAGGAUGCGAUUGAUGCGUCACGAUGUAAAUCUUGGUCGUGCCGUCUUCUGGGAUCUCAAGAACCGAUUGCCGCGGUCGGUUACGACCAUUGAAUGGGAUGACACCUUUGCCAGUGUCUACAGUCGCGACAACCCCAACCUGCUCUUUUCCAUGAACGGUUUUGAAGUACGCAUCUUGCCCAAGAUCCGAAACUUGACUGGCGAAUUCCCUGUCAAAGACAGUGUCUGGUCACUUGUCGACAAUUCUACGAAAGAGCGCACCGCCGACGCCUUUUUGCAAGUCACGGAGGAAGACAUUCAGAAAUUCAACAACCGCAUCCGACAGAUUCUUAUGUCUUCAGGAUCCACCACCUUUACGAAGAUUGCCAAUAAGUGGAAUACAACGCUUAUUGCGCUCUUUACGUACUACCGUGAAGCUGCAGUAUCAACCGUCAACUUGCUCGACACCAUCGUCAAGUGUGAGACCAAGAUCCAAACUCGUGUCAAGAUUGGAUUAAAUUCAAAGAUGCCAUCGCGUUUCCCUCCUGCCGUGUUUUACACACCCAAGGAGUUGGGUGGUUUGGGUAUGAUAUCUGGCUCACAUAUUCUUAUUCCCACAAGUGACAAGCGAUGGUCCAAGCAGACCGAUACCGGAGUCACACACUACCGUGCGGGUAUGUCUCAUGAUGAAGAGACGCUCAUUCCGAACAUCUUCCGAUACAUCAUUCCGUGGGAGUCAGAAUUUGUCGAUUCGCAGCGCGUUUGGAUGGAAUACUCACAGAAGCGUCAAGAAGCACAACAACAAAACCGACGACUGACUCUUGAGGACUUGGAAGACAGCUGGGACCGUGGUCUUCCUCGUAUCAACACGUUGUUCCAAAAAGAUCGUAGUACGCUCAGUUUUGACAAGGGUUUCCGCGCCAGGACCGAAUUUAAGAUCUAUCAGCACAUGAAGAGCAAUCCUUUCUGGUGGACGAGCCAAAGACACGAUGGAAAACUGUGGAAUUUGAACCAGUAUCGUUCGGACUGUAUCCAAGCGUUGGGUGGUGUAGAAACUAUUUUGGAACAUACACUCUUCAAGGCAACUGCUUUUCCAUCCUGGGAAGGCCUCUUUUGGGAGAAGGCUUCAGGCUUCGAAGAAUCGAUGAAAUUCAAGAAGCUCACGAAUGCUCAGCGUUCGGGUUUGAACCAGAUUCCAAACCGUCGCUUCACUUUGUGGUGGUCUCCCACCAUAAACCGCGCAAACGUCUAUGUUGGUUUCCAGGUGCAGCUUGAUCUUACGGGCAUCUUCUUGCACGGCAAGAUCCCUACUCUUAAAAUCUCGCUGAUCCAAAUCUUCCGAGCCCAUUUGUGGCAGAAAAUUCAUGAGUCGGUGGUUAUGGAUUUGUGCCAAGUCUUUGAUCAGGAACUUGAAGCCCUUGGUAUCGAGACCGUGCAGAAGGAGACGAUCCAUCCUCGUAAGUCGUACAAGAUGAACAGCUCCUGUGCCGAUAUCCUACUUUUUGCGAGCCACAAGUGGAGCGUUUCUCCACCGUCCAUGUUGUACGACACUAAGGACACCAUGAGCGCGACGACCACCAACAAGUUCUGGAUUGAUGUUCAGCUACGAUAUGGUGACUACGAUUCGCACGACAUUGAACGAUAUGUGCGCGCAAAGUAUCUCGACUACACCCAAGACAGCAUGAGUAUUUAUCCUUCCGCUACCGGUCUCAUGAUCGGUAUUGAUCUGGCAUACAAUCUUUACUCUGCUUACGGACAGUACUUCCCUGGACUCAAGCAGCUUGUUCAGCAAGCAAUGGCCAAGAUCAUGAAGGCCAACCCAGCUCUCUAUGUUCUUCGAGAGCGUAUCAGGAAGGGUCUCCAGUUGUACGCUUCGGAAAGUUCUCAAGAAUUCCUCAACUCUCAGAACUACUCGGAGCUGUUCAGCAAUCAGAUCCAGCUGUUCAUUGAUGAUACCAACGUAUACCGUGUGACGAUCCAUAAGACCUUUGAGGGUAACUUGACGACUAAGCCCAUUAACGGCGCCAUCUUCAUUUUCAAUCCUCGCACUGGCCAGCUGUUCUUGAAGAUCAUUCACACAAGUGUCUGGGCCGGUCAGAAGCGUCUUGGUCAAUUAGCCAAGUGGAAGACUGCCGAAGAAGUUGCAGCUCUCAUCCGAUCAUUGCCUGUUGAAGAGCAGCCGAAGCAGCUGAUUGUCACUCGUAAGGGUCUGCUCGAUCCUCUGGAGGUGCACUUGCUUGACUUUCCCAACAUCUCCAUCCGCGCCUCAGAGCUGCAGUUACCAUUCCAAGCUGCCAUGAAGGUGGAGAAGCUUGGUGAUAUGAUCUUGCGAGCCACCGGGCCUCAGAUGGUGCUUUUCAACUUGUAUGAUGAGUGGCUGAAGACGAUUUCGUCAUACACUGCUUUCUCGAGAUUGAUCUUGAUCCUCCGCGCGCUUCAUGUCAACCAAGACAAGACUAAGCUGCUCUUGCGACCUGACAAGACGGUCAUCACCCAGGAGCAUCACAUCUGGCCUUCGCUAACGGACGAGGACUGGAUCAAGGUUGAAGUGCAACUUCGUGAUCUCAUCCUGCUCGACUACGGCAAGAAGAAUAAUGUUAACACUUCAUCACUCACCAGCAGCGAAGUGCGUGAUAUUAUCUUGGGUAUGGAGAUUUCAGCACCCUCAAUGCAACGUCAACAAGCUGCCGAGAUCGACAAGCAGCAAGAGGAGCAGCAGCAACUGACUGCCGUCACUACGAAGACGCAGAACAUCCACGGUGAGGAGAUGGUUGUUACAACAACUUCGCAGUAUGAACAGGCUUCCUUCGCCUCCAAGACAGAGUGGCGUACCAGGGCUGUUGCCACAUCCAACCUGCGUACUCGUGCCAACAACAUCUACAUCAACUCUGAAGACGUCAAGGAAGAAGGCCACUUCACCUAUGUCAUGCCAAAGAACGUACUCAAGCGAUUCAUCACCAUUGCCGAUCUUCGCGUUCAAGUUGCGGGCUACCUCUAUGGCAAGUCGCCUCCUGACAAUGACCAGGUGAAGGAGAUUUGCACCAUUGUGAUGAUCCCGCAAGUUGGCAACACACGUGACGUGCAGCUGCCAAAGGAGCUACCGAGACACGAGUAUCUGGAUAACCUAGAGCCGCUGGGAAUAAUCCACACCGUCAGCGGAAACGAGCCGCCGUACAUGCAAGCCAGCGACGUUACCCAGCAUGCUCGUCUGAUGAACCAGCACGCUAGCUGGGAUAAGAAGACUGUUUCCAUGACCGUGUCCUUUACCCCCGGUUCCGUCUCCCUCGCCGCGUGGGCCCUCACACCCAACGGCUACAAGUGGGGCGCCGAGAACAAGGAUACAAUGUCCGACAACCCCGCCGGCUUCAGCACCGGCUUCGGUGAGAAGUGCCAGUUGCUACUGUCUGACAAGAUCCGCGGAUACUUCCUGGUUCCUGACAAUGGUAUCUGGAACUACAGCUUCAUGGGCAGUGCAUUUGGUUCUGUCGAGAAGAAGCCUGUGCAUGUGCGUCUUGAUACCCCCGUUCGCUUCUACGACCCUGUGCAUAGGCCGUUGCAUUUCCAUAACUUUGCGGAGCUUGAGGAUGUUUGGGUUGAUCGGGAGAACCAGUUUGAGUAA